UCCUAUUUCCGGUCCCCCGGCUGCCGGGUCCUGGGGCCUGUCUCUCCCGGAGCCGGAGUUCGGGCCUCGGGCUCUCCGCCUGCCGAUGGCUGGCCUCCCGCUGGUGAUUCUCGGGCCGACCGGCAGCGGGAAGUCGCGGCUCGCGCUGGAGCUGGGCCGGAGGCUCCGAGGAGAAAUCAUCAGCGCGGACUCCAUGCAGGUUUACAAAGGUUUGGACAUCAUUACAAACAAGGUGACUCGAGAAGAGCAGCAACUGUGCAGACACCACAUGAUCAGCUUCCUGGAUCCACUUGUUUCCUAUUCGGUUGUUGACUUCAGGAAUAAGGCACUGUCGAUUAUUGAAGAUAUCAUUGCCAGACAGAAGAUCCCAAUCAUUGUGGGAGGAACCAACUACUACAUUGAAUCCCUACUUUGGAAAGUAUUGGUGGACACAAAGGAAGAGAAGGCUUUCUCCGCAGCAGACUGGGAAACUGGGAGUCGAACACCAUCGCCCAAUCGAAAGGAAGAACUGGAAAAACUGGACUGUCAAGAACUCUACAAACGACUGGCUGAAGUUGACCCUGAAAUGGCAGCAAAAUUACACCCAAACGAUAAACGCAAGGUGGCAAGAAGCCUGCAGGUCUAUGAGGAGGUUGGAGUUCCCCACAGCAAACUUCUACUGAAACAGCGCCAGGAGGAAGGAGGAGGACCCCUUGGAGGAGCACUGCGCUUUCCAAAGCCUUGCAUCCUCUGGCUACACGCUGACCUGUCAGUUCUUGAUGAGCGUUUGGAUCGUCGGGUCGAUGAAAUGCUGGCUGCGGGCCUUCUGGAAGAGCUGGUUGGCUUUCAUACGCGAUACAACCAGCAGAAGAUAGCUGAGAACAGCCAGGACUACCAGCAUGGCAUCUUUCAGUCCAUUGGAUUCAAGGAGUUCCAUGAAUAUCUGACCUCCAACAGCAACUGCAGUGAGAAUAGGGAAAAGCUGCUGAACCAAGGUAUCGCUGCACUCAAACAAGUCACAAAGCGUUAUGCAAGGAAGCAGAACAAGUGGGUCCGCAAUCGUUUCCUAAAGAGGCAAGGAACUAAUGUUCCUCCAGUGUAUGGUCUGGAUGUGACUGAUGUGAGCCAAUGGGAGGAAACCAUUCUGCAUCCUGCACUGCAAAUCCUUGAGUGCUGCUUAAAGGGAGAAGAGCCCCCAGUGCUGCCUUUAACCAUGGAAUAUGACCAAAAUGAGGAGAAGAGGAAACGACGCGUAUGUGAAUUGUGUGACAAGAUCAUCCUGGGUGACCGGGAAUGGAAGGCUCACUUAAAAUCCAAGAAUCAUCAGUACCAUUUAAAGAGGAAGAAGAGAACUGAGGCACAGUUAAAUACACAAAACUGUCCGGACAGCAGCAAAAAUAUCCCACAAGAAGUGUAGACUCUGCCACUGUGUGCAAAUGUGUCACAAUUUUUCUUGGGAUAUGAUGGGACUGAUCUGGAUGGUAAUAGGCACUGGCUGAGCUAUGGCUGUGUGCUGUGACUUACUGUUAAGUUAAUGCAGCAUAGCUCUUUAUGAACUGGAGACACUGAUGUCUCUGUAGCUCUCUGUUUACUGCUGGUGUUCUCCAUGGUUUGAAAAGUAAUUGAUUUCAGAUUUGUUUCUAAGUGGUGUGCAGUCAGAACUUCCUGGUGGUAGGAAGAUUUCAUGAUUUUAUUGAAAUUUGGGGACUUGUGACUUGGAUUUGAACAUAUGUGUGGAGGUUUUGCCACGCUGUGACUGCACCCCAUGGUCAAAUAGUCCCCUCUCUCUAUCUCCAAUGUUGGUAUGACUAAUAAACCAAAAGGGUUCAAAGAAAAUUAAAAGUAAAUAAUAGUUUUUAAAAAAACAGUGAUUUUUCUGUUGUCUUUGCUCCCAGUAAUGGAGAUUAAUCUUUAGUUGACAACUUUAAUCUGAUGACAGGCAGUAGGUAUUGGUAAAUAUGAUCAUAAUUCAAUUGUAUUUAAAGAAGUCAUGGAAAAAGACAAAGUUACAGCAAGAGUAAAAUUGUUAGAUUGGGAGAAAAACUGACUUAGAGUGUGGGCGUUUAAUUUGACCAAAGUGAAGAGGAAGUAGUCACUUGACAGCAAAUCAGUAAUAUAUUGAAGUAGGAGACGGAAUAAGAAGCAGAACAGAUUGGUUUCUCAAAGAAAACGGGUGCCUUCCCUGAAUCUGAAUAGUUACUGCACACCAGCCCCACACUGUUGCAAACACUAACACACAAUAGAAAGAGUGUCAUCUGUUAUCUUACCCCAAGAGAAAAUAUCACCAUAUAAAAUAAUUAAUUUUACAUGGAAAUCAUUUCUGUCUCAAUAAAUCUGUGAGAUUUGACAUGGCCAUUAAUUCCACCCAAUGUGCUGUUACAUUUCCAAUCUAAAUUGAAUACAUUUCCACACAUUGCAGGGUAACAGGCAUUGUCAAUUACCAUAUUGAAUAUUAUCCUGUCAAUUGCAUGGGGAGCACAGAGGGACACAUCCUGGAGAAUAGGCCUAGAGAACAAAUCCCUGAUGGCAAAUCUGGAAAGUCAUUUUUAGAUUAGAUUACUUACAGUGUGGAAACAGGCCCUUCGGCCCAACAAGUCCACACCAACCCGCCGAAGCGCAACCCACCCAUACCCCUACAUAUACCCCUUACCUAACACUAGGGGCAAUUUAGCAUGGCCAAUUCACCUGGCCCGCACAUCUUUGUGACUGUGGGAGGAAACCGGAGCACCCGGAGGAAACCCACGCAGACACGGGGAGAACGUGCAAACUCCACACAGACAGUCGCCUGAGGCGGGAAUUGAACCCAGGUCCCUGGCACUGUGAGGCAGCAGUGCUAACCACUGUGCCACCGUGCUGCCCGUCAUUGUGACAGCUGACCUAUGUUCUUAUGGCUGAACUCAAAAUAUCGUCUUGUUCCAGAUGGAGAGAUUACAAUCGCUCUGAAUGAAUUGGUUUUGUUAUUGCACCACGUUUUUUUCAGAAAUAUCCAACUGUACAGUUUGUAACAAUUGACAGCAGUUUUUCAUUAUGUACAGGAAUAGGGUUUUGCUCUGUUCCAGUUUGGUGCUGUAUAUGCUGACUGUGCUGUUAGCCACGCAGACUGAGCCCAUUCCAGACAGUUCACUUACAAAGCUAUUCAAAGGUGAAUCAUGACUGUUUUAUAUCCUGCUGGGUAGCCCAGCUCUGCUUUUGAGACUGUGCCCCUAGAUUCACAGAUAAUAUGGAGCAGCAGCAGUUAAAACAUUAUUUAUAUUCAAUCCAUGCCUUUGAAUUUUGCCAAUAAAUCAGCUUGGGCCUCACUUUUCCUUGUGGACUCAAAACUUAAAAAUCCUGUGGCAGGAUUCUCAAAAUGGUGAUUUGGAAUUUUGGCAUCAGUUCUUGCUCAAAUGUUUCCUGAAUAAACAACUUCAACAAGUUAACUCUGUUCCUGCCACAUCAGUGUGUUGUAUCUGAUUAUUAUUGCUACUCUCUCACUCUCACUUUCCAGCUUUUCACACCUUAUCUCUGAGUGUCACUUGGUAAGCUCCUCCCUUUCCAAGUGUUGGAAGGAAAGGAAGAACACAAGUAUUUAUUUAUUUAUUUGGAAUCUUUCGUGACCUCAGGGCAUCCCAGAGCGUCUCCAGCCCAAUGAGGUACCAUUAAAGGGCAGCCACUGUCGUAAAUGUACAAAAUACCGCAACCAAUUCACACACAGCAAGGCCCCAUCAACAAUCUAAUAAAAAUAAGACAAUCUGUUUUUAUCAAGUUUAUUGUGGAAUAAAUAUUGGACAGGGCCCUGGGGAGAACUCUCAUGCUCAUCUUUAAAAUGACACUAUGGUAAUAUUUACAUCCACCUGACAGGAAAGAUGGGGAUCAUCCUGAUGGGCUAUUAAUAUAAGAAUCAUUGUUUUGACUGGAAUUCUAUUCUGUUCUCUUUGAAUAUACAAAGCAUUGGUUCAUUUGUUGGAGAGUCAUUCAAAUUGACUUCAAUCAACUCUAAGCACUAUCCCUGCAAGUCAAACUCUGUUCUGUUCGCAGAAGGUAUGGAUAGAGUUGAUGGUAGUUGUUUUUCCCUAAGAUGGGGGAGCUCAAGACUUGGGGGCACAUUUUUCAGGUAAGAGGAGAGAGAUUUAAACAAGACAUUAGAUGCAAAUUUUUUACACAGAGGGUGGUUCACGUGUGGAAUGAACUUCCUGAGGAAAUGGUGGAUGUUGGUACAAUUACGAUGUUUCUAAAAGACAUUUUGAUGAAUACAUGAAUAGGAAAAGUUUGGAGAGAUAUGAGCCAGGGGCUGGCAGGUGACACUAGCUUAGUUUGGGAUUAUACUCGGCAUUAACUGGUUGGACCUUAGAGACUGUUUCCGUGUUGUAUGACUCUAUGACGAAGAACACUACCAAAUAAACUAGAAAAACAACUUGUGGACUGAU